AGGCUAUGUAAAACCAACUUGAGUAAGAACCAAUUUGCCCUCUUCACGCCUUCUCACUGCCCUAGCGCUUCAAAAAAGACCCAAGAAAUCAACAUGGUGAAGGCUUUCGCAGCAGAACCGUGGUCGGGCAAGCAUAAAAUUAUACUAGGAUUCGAUAUCGGCACGACGUUUUCUGGCGUAUCAUAUGCAUAUCUCUUUCCAGAUGGUCCACAGACAGUUGCGAGGGUCAAUGCAUGGCCAGGGCAGGAAGCCCACAAGGGGGAAAGUAAGAUCCCGACCUUGUUGUGGUACAACAAGAAUAAGAAAGCCACCGCGUUUGGCGCCGAGGCACUAACCGCCGAGACGCAAGAUGAGGCGGAGGACAAUGGUUGGAUCCUUGCAAGGCAUUUCAAGCUUCACCUACACCCUCAAACAAUGAAAGAGAAGCAUAAUCUGACCAUCGAUCCCCUGCCGGAGGGCGUUCCCCUUUCUACGAUAUAUAGGGACUUUUUUGGGUAUCUUAUCAGACACACACAGGACGCAUUCACGGACCGUGUUCUUGAUGGGGCUCGUGUGUGGAAGACGUAUUUCCCCUCUGCCGAUAUUGUCAUUGCUCACCCGAAUGGAUGGGGCCUGAGGGAACAGGAAUUUAUGCGUAGAGCUGCCGUGGCGGCUGACGUUGUCCCUCAGUCGGAAUCGCAUAAUCGGAUUUUCUUUGUCACUGAAGGAGAAGCUUCUGUUCAUUACUGCAUGUUUCACGCCAAUUUGGCACCACAAUUCAAGCCAAACGUGAAGUUUGUUGUCUGCGAUGCUGGUGGAUCGACAGUCGAUACAACCGCGUACUCCGUGUCAGAAGUCCGUCCCCAGCUUCAGCUUCGCGAGGUCAAACCAUCGGCUUGUAUUCAAGCAGGUGGCAUAUUCGUCAAUAAAGCUGCCGAAGAGUACUUCCACCGCGUAUUCUCAAACCCCGAAGCAAACCUUCCGCCAGAUGAAAGUAGAGACUUUGUCAAGAAGGCUAUAGAUGACUUCGAGACGACCGCGAAGAAAGCUUUCAAGGAUAUAACGACUAAAGGGAGCGUAGACAUAGGCCAGACCCGAUACACCAACCCAGCGGUUGGUGUGAAGCGUGGACGAAUGACGCUCGAUGGGACGACUACGAAGACGUUCUUCCAGCCAUUCGUGAAACAAAUUGUCGACUCUUUGAGAGAGCAAAUGUCUGGUAUCAACUGUGAACACAUUCUGCUUGUCGGAGGCUUUGGAGAGAAUGCGUUUUUAAGAGAAACGCUUAAGAAGACGUUCGAGAGCAAACACUGCCAGGUCGUCACUGCAAAUGAUUCAACGUCUAAAGCAGUGUCAGAUGGUGUGGUUAUUUGGCAUGCUACAACCUCAGUCAUUGCACGAGCUUGCCGCUUCCAGUAUGGGAGCAUUGCAUAUGUGCCGUACGAUUCAAAGAAUCCGCGGCACAGUGAGCGGUCAACCUUCAGAGGAAUCGAUGGGCGGGAAAAUAUUGACAAUGUGUGGCAUCCGAUCGUCAAGCUUGGGGACGUCCUUCAGCCAGAUGAAGGCGUCGCGGAAGCUUUCUUCCGGAAUUACAAAACUCCUUCACCUGAUCUCGGUCGUAUCACCAGUGUCAUGUUCGCUUACACUCUAAACGGGCAGAAGGAGCCGUACUACGCAAAAGAUUCUGCCGGAAAUCUUGUAUCGGGGAUUGAAGACGUUUGCACCAUUUCUGCGGAUCUGAGUGGACUAUCUGGGGCCCUCGAGGAACGUUGGGGAUCCGAGGGAAGAUAUUGGCGAUUGGAUUACAAGAUUGGUAUCCGAUUUGGUGGAACAGAACUUCAGGCAUAUCUUGAAUGGGUCGAAGAUGGAGUGACACGCACGAGCCAGGCUCAACUCAUCCCGAAUUCGCUGAUGUGAACGUGAUCAUGCUUCGCAAUGAGUUCAAUUUGUCUGUAUCAUGUAAUUGUUGCAUCCUGUGAUUUCAUGCAUCUAUAAUAUUAUUCGUGUCAGUACUGAGCC